CAUGUAACCUCGGAUCGGUGCGUAUUGUACUCAACAAUGUGAUAAGUGCAACAGAACUAUUUAGAUGAUUCACUUACAUGGAAGAAAAGCGUGCGCAGUCGAGAUCAAGAUCGAAAAUUAUAAACGUUAAACGUUUCGAUAUUGGCAACAGUGUUUCACAUGAGAAGAUAAGGAUGGAAUUAAAUAAUGACAUUUUUGACCACGUUAAUAAUCGUAUUAACAACGAAGUUCUGCAGAAGAUUGAAACACCUUCAAUGAAAAAUGAGAAAUUCUUACACAGUUCGGAGAAAUACCGUGAUAAAAGAAAAUCGAGCAAAAAAGAUGCAUUACCGGAUAAAGAGUUUCUCGUGAGGGAAUCGUUGUUAACCGAUCUUUUCGAGGUUCCACACAUUCGCACGAUUUAUAAUCUGUGCAUAAUUUUCUUUAUAUCUAUUAUUUUCAAUACCGUCGUAACCGAUAUUAUGGAGUCGAGAACAAUUCGUGUUGGCAACAAUGCACUGCUAAUUGGUUUCACAAAAUUUUCAAUGUGCACCUAUACUUGGUUGUUCAUGCAGGCAUCGACACUAAGUGUUUAUGUGCCCUUCACCCUCUGGGCGCACGGGCGACAACAAUUCUUGCCAAAAUCCUCCAUUCAAAAAUUUUGGGACUACGGCUGGCUAUCAGCAUUUGUAUUGUACCAAGUCCUUUUUCUUGUUUUUCCUGUGAAAGUGGUAUCCGAAGAAGAUUUCUCCAUAGGCUGCAGUCUUAUUAUUAUCAUGGAACAAAUGCGCAUGAUGAUGAAGACUCACGCUUUUGUUAGGACCGUGGCACCGAGGUUUUUGUCGUAUAAACCUCACAGCGAAACCCCACCAGCUAUCGUCCCCAAGUUCUCACAGUAUUUGUACUUCUUGUUCGUACCGACUCUUGUGUACCGCGAUGAAUAUCCUAGAACGAAUGAAAUCAGAUGGACGGUGGUGAUUCGGAAUUUCGUUGAAGUUGGUGUAUGUAUUUUCUGUCUCGCCUUCAUCGUGGAACGUUUCAUAAUACCGAUCUAUUAUACGUUCGACACGCAACCUCGGGAUUGGAAAAGCUUCAUCAAGAAUAUCGUCGAGUCUAGUUUCAUCGGUGUUCUGCUUUUAAUCAUCGCACAAUAUCUCCUGUUGCACUCGUGGAUGAACGCCUGGGCGGAAAUGCUGCGAUUCGCCGAUCGAUUGUUUUACAAGGACUGGUGGAACAGCACAACUUAUCGCGAGUUUUACCGCACGUGGAAUUUAGUGGUGCACGAUUGGUUGUACACAUACAUCUACAAGGACAUGUACGAUAUUGUGGUGCCAGGCAACCGAUCACUGUCGGCUAUCACAGUAUUCCUUGUUUCUGCCAUCUUUCACGAGUACAUGUUCGCGUUCACAUUGCGCUUCUUCUACCCAGUGUUAUUCAUCUUAUUCGCUGGCAUAGGCCUCAUCAUGUUCUUCGUCUCCAAGUACGUCACCAGUAAUAUCUUCGUAUGGAUGUCCUGGGCUUUCGGCAACGGCAUCAUGUUAAGUCUGUACACAAUGGAGACGCACGCCCGAUGGAACAACUGUCCACCUCAUUCCAAUUACUAUCUGGAUCUAUUCAUUCCGCGAAGCUGGAGCUGUUGAAAGCAAUUUUACUCGUAGAUUGUCCCGUUUGGAUUGGCGGAUAUUUUCUUUCGACAAUUUAUUCUGUGUUCUUUGCUAUCAGAAGCUAUUGAUAAAAAUUGUUACAUACGAGUUUGAGUAAUCAGUCUAAUAUCAAAGAUACUAUAAACUUUAUAGAUAUCGAUGUUGCAUGGAGCCUUAACGAAAAAGAUAAAGAGGGAAAGAAAAAUUCGAUUAAUCUAAUUUCUCAGAUAAAUAAAUUGUAUUACAUAUAAGAUUAUAUAUUGUAUUACAUAUAAUUAAAUUUUAUAAGAGACUUAAAAUCUUAGAAAAUAAUUAAAAAAAGAAUUUAAAAGAAGUAAUUAAAUUAAUAGAAAAAUUGCAUGACCGCUUCAUCUAGCUACCUGUAGAAUCACAACGGUGUUCGAGUGUCAUCGCAUAAAAAUUUAGAGAAAAGUCGUCAAUGUUGGUAUAGGCCUCUGAAGGCGACAGUCUCUUACUUUUUAGAAACUAAAUGUUGCAUUAAUAUAGAUAACAAUGUGAUCUUAGAUAGUUACAGAAAUAAAACUUAUAUAUUUUAUAUUCAAUA